AUGUCGCCUCUUACGAGCGGACUUCUCGCAGCCUUCGCGUUCGCCGCAUCUGCCCUAGGUCACGGCUAUGUGACAACUUUUACCACUGACGGGAAACCAAACCAGGGAUUCCUGUUGGACUAUUACUACGACAAGGUCAACUCAGGUUCAUUCCCGGACAUUGCAGCGUGGUAUGCAGAGAACUUGGACAGUGGCUUCGUAGCACCCGACGCAUACGGGACUACCAAUAUCAGCUGCCACAAAAACGCGGCUCCUGGUGCCCUUACCACGACAGUCAGCGCAGGAGGCAGCAUCACCUUCCAAUGGCCCGCCAACUGGGCUCACCCAUACGGGCCCAUCCUGACAUACGUCGCGGCGUGCAAUGGCGACUGCAGCAAAGCGGACAAGUCCAGCCUCAGCUGGGUCAAGAUCGAUGCAGUCGGAAUUGACUACACCACCCAGACUUGGGCUUCUCAGACAUUGAUCAACCAGGCCGGGAAAUGGACGACCAAGGUCCCCUUGUCGCUCAAGGCCGGGAACUAUGUCUUUAGACAUGAGAUCAUUGCCCUGCACGGAGCUUCAACACUCAACGGUGCACAGAACUAUCCCCAGUGCUUCAACAUUGCCGUCACUGGCUCUGGAAGUAGUUCUCUUCCCUCAGGAACUUUGGGUGUCAAUCUCUACAAGAACACAGACCCUGGCAUCUAUCUCAAUCCCUACGUGACCAUCACCAGCUACGCCAUGCCAGGGCCAACUCUGUGGACUGGCUAG